AUCAAAUGAUACUUACGUUUACAAUUAUAUUUUCUCUCUCUGCGAGAUCUUAGAUCGGCCGAUUCGUAUAAUACAAAUCCAUGGAUUAGAAUACGUAUUCUUUGUUCCUGACUUCGAUGUUUUGGUUCUGCAUCUGAAAAUUAAAGAGAUCCAAAAUCAGAAACAAAAAGAACGGAAAAGGAAAGCAAAAAGAUAAAUGGCAAGGAGUAGCAGAUCGUCGUCUUCGAGCAGAUGGAGGCAUUGUCACCCUUCUUAUUACCUUAAGAGACCUCAGCGCUUGGCUCUUCUCUUCAUCGCAUUCGUUUGCGGAACUCUUGUGGUUUGGGAUCGUCAGACCUUGCUCAGGGAACACGAGGUGGAAGUUUCCAAGUUAUAUGAAGAAGUAACCCGUUUGCAGAACUUGUUGGACGAGUCAAAGAAUACGGGUGACGAUGCAACUAGUGAGCUCUCCAAGAAUGGUGUUGUUCCAGAUGAUCCAAUUGACAUCCAACGAAGAGAGAAAGUAAAAGAAGCAAUGCUUCAUGCAUGGAGUUCAUACGAGAAAUACGCUUGGGGUCAAGAUGAACUUCAGCCACAAUCAAUGAAUGGUGUGAAUAGCUUCGGUGGUCUUGGAGCAACUCUAGUAGACUCACUUGAUACAUUAUAUAUCAUGGGUCUUGAUGAGCAGUUCCAGAAAGCUAGAGAGUGGGUUGCGAAUUCAUUGGAUUUUAACAAGAAUCAUGAGGCCAGCGUUUUUGAGACAACCAUCAGAGUUGUAGGUGGACUUCUUAGUGCAUAUGAUCUUUCAAGCGACCAAGUUUUCCUCAAUAAGGCUAGAGACAUUGCAGAUAGAUUGCUUCCUGCUUGGGAUACACCUUCUGGGAUCCCUUAUAACAUAAUUAACUUGGCACAUGGAACAGUGCACAACCCUGGAUGGACUGGAGGUGAAAGCAUCCUGGCAGAUUCUGGCACAGAGCAGCUGGAAUUUAUUGCUCUAUCUCAGAGGACAGGAGACCUUAAGUAUCAGCAGAAGGUGGAGAAUGUUAUAACACAGCUUAAUAAAACUUUUCCUGCUGAUGGUUUACUUCCUAUCUAUAUUAAUCCUCACAGCGGAACUGCAUCAUACUCACCUAUAACCUUUGGAGCCAUGGGUGACAGCUUUUAUGAAUACUUACUCAAAGUCUGGAUACAGGGGAAUAGAACUUCAGCUGUCAAGCUUUAUAGAGAAAUGUGGGAGAAAUCAAUGAAAGGACUGUUAAGCUUAGUUAGGAGAACUACACCAUCAUCUUUUGCAUAUAUUUGUGAGAAGCAUGGCGAUUCUUUGUCAGACAAGAUGGAUGAAUUAGCCUGCUUUGCUCCAGGAAUGCUGGCUUUAGGAUCAUCUGGUUAUGGUCCUGAUGACUCUAAAAAAAUUCUAUCACUUGCAGAAGAGUUGGCUUGGACUUGCUACAAUUUCUAUCAGUCAACACCAACCAAAUUGGCGGGAGAGAAUUAUUUCUUUCAUCCGGGGGGGGACAUGAGCGUGGGUACAUCAUGGAACAUUUUGAGACCUGAGACAAUCGAAUCACUCUUUUACCUCUGGCGUUUGACUGGGAACAAGACAUACCAAGAGUGGGGUUGGAAUAUAUUUCUAGCAUUUGAGAAGAAUUCCCGUGUAGAGUCUGGAUAUGUUGGACUAAAAGAUGUUAAUACUGGUGUCAAGGACAAUAUGAUGCAAAGCUUCUUUCUCGCAGAGACUCUCAAAUAUCUCUAUCUUCUUUUCUCACCCCCAUCAGUCAUCUCAUUAGAUGAAUGGGUUUUCAACACAGAAGCUCACCCUCUGAAAAUCGUGACCCGAAAUGAAGGGCAAAGUUUUGUAAAAUCAGAUGAGAAACAUAAACCGAUUGUUAGAUUACGUGGCAGGAAAGAAGGUCGAUCGGGCUGAUUGGUAGGAUUCACAACUCAAGGGUUCAUGGUGUAUUUCCUGAAAUCAGAUGUCAGAUGUUUCUAUUAGUAAAUAAGGCAGCUCUGACUUCGGUAAGAUUUACAGGUGCCCUUUUACAAUGGAGUUGUAACAUAGGAAAUAGAUCGUUGUCUACACUUAGUUUUAUAUAUAUAUAUAUAUAUAUAUUUGUUACCUAAGGGGUUUUGUUUUUGCCCAUAAAGCCUUUUUGAUGGAUAACCAUUUGUAAUUUUGAGAAGAUCAUUUUGUAACAUCGCCUGAUGGGCGAGAUUAAUUUAAGAAUGAUGAAGCUAAGAGUUCUUAUCUUUUUCUCCA